CGCCUGCAGGCUCGCACCGGCUCUGCUUCGUCCCCCUAUGGGGUGGGGGGUUGGUUGGUUUGCUGUUGUAACUGCGGGCAGUCUGUAUUUCCUAGUGGGGCUGGGGUGAGAAUGGGCGCUUCGAGGCUUCUCUUUAUUCUUUCUCUUUAUUUAAGAGCUUUCCUUAGUGAGUUUCCUAAAGCUGCCCUCACUUUGAGGUCUGGGUGCUGCCGCUGUGCUGAGUUGGGGCUGUGCUCUGUCUUAGAAAGGCCUGGGUUGCACAGGAGCACAGUGCUCAUCCAGCUCCAACCCCCUGCUGUGUGAAGGAUCGCCAACCAGCAGCCCAGGCUGCCCAGAGCCACAUCCAGGACUUCUCAGCAGUGACUCCUGCCGUGCUCUGUUGGUACCAGAGUACUCACCAGCAAUUCCUGCUCCGUGCAGUCGGAGGUGGCCCUCUGCUUCCUCUAGCCUUAACUUCCCGCAUCUCUUUAAUCAUUAACAGGUGCUUCUGGCAGUUCUGUUAAUGGGCGGUGAGAUGCUGUGCUGGGGUGGCAUCUGGUUCUGUAAAUACACAGAGCAAACAUGACGUAAAUGAACCCCUGGAAGCGUGCCUGGAUGCUGCGUGUCACCUGCGUGAUGGAAGCGUGUGUCUGUGUGAUGAGACUGCUUGGAAAACGCACCUUCUUCCUACCACCAGUCUGAAUGAAUGGGGAGAAUGCUUGUACACACUGCUUUCUCCAUGCACUUGGCUAAUUUCCUUUCCAGGGGGCUGUAGGUGCUAACUAUCCAGCUCAAUGCCUGUUAUUUUUUUCUCUCCAAGAGAAAACCCCUCUGGAGCACCUCUUGCUGCCAUGCUGCCUGUAGCGACCGCCAUGCCGGACGACACGCCGAUGUUUGACCCGAGCAUUCUGCACGAGCUUGACUGGAGUGAGAACACAGCCAUGUUUUCUCCUUCUAUUUCUCCUUCGGAGCCAGGAGAUGGGCUGGUCAUGAGACCGCUGUGCACAGCUGAUGUAAAUCGAGGCUUUUUCAAGGUCCUGGGUCAGCUGACUGAAACUGGAGUUGUGAGCCCAGAGCAGUUUAUCAAAACCUUUGAGCACAUGAAGAAAUCUGGAGAUUAUUACGUUACGGUUGUAGAAGAUACGAAUCUUGGACAGAUCGUUGCUACAGCAACGUUGGUGAUAGAACACAAGUUCACUCACUCCUGUGCAAAGAGAGGGAGGAUAGAAGACGUAGUAGUGAGCGGGGAGUGCAGAGGAAAGCAACUCGGGAAACUAUUAACGUCCACUCUUACAUUGCUAAGUAAGAGACUGAACUGUUACAAAAUCACACUCGAGUGUCUGCCAAAAAACGUGGCCUUCUACAAGAAGUUUGGCUAUUUGGUAUCUGAAGAAAACUACAUGUUUCAACGGUUCUUUAAUUAAGAACUUGCAGCACUGUUUUUGUACAGACUGUUGGUGGAGGAGCUCGUGGUACAUUCUCUUCAUGACAAAUUGAUAUAGUUUAUUGCUGCAAAUAUAACGAUCCCUAUAAAUACUGAACAUCAGAUGUGUAAAUCCUGCAAAGAAAAGGCAGCGCACUGACAUUCUAGGAGGGUUCUGUGGGUUAGCUCUUAGAACUAAUUUUUACUACUGUUCAGUCUAAGUGAAGCUUUUUUUGUUCUAGCUGAGUUCAAAGGACUCUUGUUAAAGGGAUGGUUUUUAACCAAAGGUCUAUAUUUUUAUCUCAAAUCUUUUCUUGCAUUGUAUUUUUCUAAAGGUUUGCGCUUCUCUUCUUGGUAGCCAAAGUACAGCUUUGUGGGGUUGUGCUCCUGUCUGUACUUCAAUGAAGGGUGGUGUAGGUGGGUAGGGAUGCUUCUCGUAUGCAGUCAGUAAUACAGGAUGGGAAUUUGUUCUGUUCUUUCCAUGAAAUCUCACUGAAGUGCUGUUGAUGUUUGUGUACCUGAAGUUUUAUAGGCACUGCUUUCUGAAACUGGAUUUGUUGCUGUUAGUGUCGUUGGGGGGUCCUUAUGGGCUCUGUUGAAGCCAAUGUUUUGGAGCCUAAAUGGAUGCACAGUCCUCCAUGCAGGGACCCUGCACUUUAGCUGAUAAUUUGUUUUCAGGACAAUUAUGUUUUAUGGCAAACCAACCCAUGAUUUGCAACAGAAAUAGGAAGCUGGAAUGUCUGACAGGCAGAAUUCACCUCAUCUCCAGUGGGCUUUUACUGGUACUCAGUGGGAAUGCCAAUGCCUGUACCUGUAAGAUGGUACCAACACAUUCAGCUUCACCCAACGCAUCCAACCAACUUGCUGUACUUGAACUCCUUUGGGCCAGUUCAGCUCUGGUUUUGCUGGUAACCACUUAUACCUAUUGCAUUUCAAACCAGCCCAGAGAUCCCAGAUCAGUGUCCUGAGGGAUAGCUGCUGUUUGCAAGCAUCCCUCUUCUGUAAGAUUGGAUAAAUGAUUUUAGCACUUUUGCCCCCAGAGGCAAGCAAAUAAUAUACAAAGCCCUCACUUCAACAAUCGUGUUUUGUGCAAGGAGAGUGACAAAUCCUCCAUCUCUGAAUAGGGCAUUAUGAAUAGGCAAAGGUUGGCACAGAGCAGCCAGCCUUGUUUGUGAACAGUUAGGCCUUAAAGAAAGUCCUUUCCUUGUGGUGAGGAGAGCUACUUUGAGGUGUGUGGGGGGGUUCUGUUUAAUGUCCCUGAUGGUACUUCACUCAAUAGUGUCCCCUUGCUAAUGUCUGUUUUAUUUAUUGAUUAUUUUUUAAAAAAAUCUUUGUUUAAGCUGAAUAAAUUAAGACUGCCAACUA